AACAGCCGGGACAGCCUGAAAGUUCCGGAUCCAACAGAGUUCAUAAAUCUGAGCAACAUGGAAGUGGAAAAGAGAUGGUAGAUGUUCGAGGGAAGACUAAAGUUAUACCUUCUUCUUACCACUAACCAAAGAGAGGAGGUCAGAAGAUAAAAGCAGGGAUAAAGAUUCAGCUGGGAGAACAUAUGAGGAAACUGAGACUUCAAUUUGACGAUCUAAAGAAUACAAAGGAAGAGUUGGGAGAGGAGAACGAGAGUUUUAAAUCUGAGAUUACUGCUCUGGAGCAGAAGAUAGAGAGACGAAGAAAGUUAAAGAUUAAUGCCCAUAUUCCUCUCCCAAGUCCCAAAGAAGGACUUGCAAUAAACAAGCUAAUUACUUGGUACAGAACCUUCACAAGCUGAAGUAUUGGAGUCUGACAUCAACCAAUACCUGGAUGAGUUGGAGGAGAUGAGGGCUACCUGCUACCCACAAAGCAUUGAAAAUGGAGAAAGCUAGGCUCAUCUCUAAGCUAACUGCUCUUGAUGAGACUUUGAAGACACUAAAAAAAAAAAAUGAUAAGGUAACAUUUCUCUCUGGCGUCUAUCUUCAUCUCUAAAAGUGCAUCCUGAGAGAUUUCUAAAUAAUUGUACUUAUAGAAA